AUGAACAAAAUUACUAAACCGAAUGUUAAUAAACUAACAAGAUUUAACUCUAAGCCACCAACUAGACCUCCAAGGAGAGUUAUUCCCAAAGCCGAACUCGGUCUUACUGUUGAUCUGACUUUCAAUUGGUCUCGAAAAUUUGGUCAUCGUGAUGGAGAUUUAGUUAUCAAAGGUAGCAAAUCAUUUGAAGAGAUGCCACAAAAUGAAUACGCUAAGCUAUUUUUGCAUAAAUGCAAGGAGUGUUCAAAAUUGUGCGAUUUUUCUGAUGCAAACAUUGAUGGAAAAGCAAAAGUUACAAAAUCAAUUCUCUUGAAACAUCUCACACAAUGCUUUUCCAUGGUUGGGUUUAUGAAAAUCCUCACUGCAGAAAUGAUGACAGAAUUCUACAAGAUGGUUUCUACAAAUCUGUUUCGUGCCUUACCACGAUAUCCAGAAGCAGUUCCUGUCGAUGCUAAAGUGUCUUUCUAUGAUAAUUCGUGGCCACAUUUAUCUUUAGUUUAUCAAGUCCUUAAUGCAUCUCUUUCCUCUCAUUUUGCAGCAAACAUUACACCUACAUUCAUUUACAAGAUAAUCUCUAAUGGAUUGUCAAUUGAUCCAUCCGAAAGAGUCGCGGUAAGAGAUUUUCUUCAUUCUUACUAUUCUCGCUUCAUGGGCCAACGUGUCAUGAUCAGAACUGACAUAUUUGGCUUAUUCUCCAUGGGCCAGGCUUCGCUAGAGCUCUUAGAUUUCUUCUCAAGCAUUGUUCAGGGAUUUAAUCCUCCUUUGAAGGCAGACCAUGUUAAAUUCUUUAACCAAGCUUUACUUCCGUUAUAUACAUACUCAGAAUUGAAUCGUUAUAGCAAAGCAUUGACUUCUUGCGUUUGCAAAUUCUGCGAGAAGAAUUUCAACUUAAUAUCAGUAGCAUUCGACUAUUUAUACAAACACUGGCCUCUACAAGACUCAAAGAAGCAAAAGAUUUACAUUGACUCCGUAAAAAUCAUCUUAUUUUCUUUCGACAAAUUCAGCGACACUUCUCUCAGGAGAGCCUUCGCAAUUCUUGCAGAAGGAGUUAGAAGUGACAACGUCGACGUCGCAGAAAUAGCUCUUGAUACUUUAUUGGCAGAAAAUUUAGUUCUCGUUUACAAACAGAAUCCACGCCUUAUUUUUACAACAAUAUUCGAAAAACUCUACAAAUCAGCCAAAUCUCACUGGGAUGAGGACAUUAAAACGGAUUCAAUCGCUGCAUUACAAAUUUUAAGCGAAAUUGAUCCGAAUAUCUUUGGUGAACUGAACAACGCUCAUAAAGAUAAGAAGAAUACAAAGAAGGCACCAGUUAAAGAAGCUUCCGCAUUGAAAACAAACUGGAUGCAAGUUUUUAAUCUCGCAAAGAAGAACGACCAAGCAAUUAAGACUCUCCGCCUCGAUACAGCUGUUAUUCAAUAA